UAUAUAAAAGCGGUGCUUUCUUCUCUCUCUCAUUUUCAUUUGGGUCUAAACCUUUUUCUUCUCUCCCGAAAUAUAGCGAUUCAUUUCCAGUUUAAGCACCACUCCAAAAUCCAAAUCAAUGGCGGUUACCUCAAUCAACCUUCUCUUUUAAACCCCAACCCAACCCAUUCUCAACUUCCUAUUAUUCUUCUGCGAUACAUUUAUAGAUUGAUAGAGAAAGCGAGGAUUUUUGAGACGGUUCAAGAAUUGUUAGGUCUUUUUAACUGAAGAAUCGAAUGGCCGCUGUUGCGGCGUGUAAGCGAUUGGUGCCGUUAGGAAUCAAUUCAGGGUUUGGAUUAUCUGGAUUUCGAGCUUUUGGCGCUUCGGAAGUUUCUUCUCCAGCUUUGCGGUCUAGGUAUUUGGAUUGUAGAUUGGCAUCUGAGCUCGUGAAAUCUAAUGGAAAACGUCUGUUUCUAGUUGAUACGUUAGCUUUGGUUAGGAAAUUAGAGGGACAGGGCGUGCCCUCGCAGCAAGCUGAGGCCAUAACCGCUGCCAUUACAGAAGUGUUAAACGAUAGCUUAGAAAAUGUGUCUCACUCAUUUGUUUCCAAGGGGGAAAUGCAGAAAAUUGAAAUGAUUCAAGAUUCCAAUUUGUCCAAAUUCAAAUCUGAAGUUCAGAGCUCACAGGGACACCACUUCUCAUUACUGCAACACGAGACGGAGAAAUUGAGGAAUGAUAUUGAGAAGAUGCGCAGUGAACUGAGGUAUGAAAUUGACAAAGUUACUGCUGGGCAGCGGCUCGAUUUGAAUCUCGAAAGGGGAAGGAUAAGGGAAGAGCUUGCAGAUCAGAAUGCCGAGACCACUAACCUUACUAACAAACUCGAUCGGGAAAUUCAUGGUUUAAGGGCCCAGUUGGAAGCAGCCAAAUAUGAUGUCAUAAAAUACUGCAUAGGUACACUUGUUUCAAUUUCUGCUGUUGGUCUUGCUGUACUCCGCAUUCUGAUGUAAACAUCCUGUAUGAUAAGAACCAUUUAGAGUUGCUCAUUCUUUCGGUAUUGUAUGCUUAUAACAAUCAUGAAAAAGAAAAUUCAAAGUUGUGUUUGGUUGCGGCUCAAAGAAGAAUUUCAUAAUACAUAGAACUGAUUUCCCUUUCUCAGGGGAUUCAAGUCAAUUUGCCUUUUC